AGAGCGCGUGUGCCUAGCUCCGCCCAAAGGAGAACCAGCCGCAGCGUCAUCGCCGUUGGGACGAAGACGAAGCACACAGUCAGCCCCGGUUAGCCCUCAGUCGUCGGCGGAGAGGUAAUGACAACAACCCACGACGCUUAGACGCCGACACAAAAAAAGACACAUGGAUUUAUUUAACUUUUCCCCGGUUCCUGGAGUGACUUUGGGUUGAAGAAAGGACGGCUACGAAAACAGUCCAAGUUCAACCCCCUCUCAGCUUCCUCCCUUCCUGAUCCCUUUUCCCCAUUGGUUGCUGUUCCCGAGAGGGCGGGGCUAAGUAUGGGGUAAGAGAGCUGACAGGAGAUACCAAGACAACAAGCACACAAGCGGAGGAGCCCCACUCACCUGCACAGGUGGCGACGGGUGCAGGAACUGUCAUGGCGCUGCUGCGGAGGAGGCUGAAACUUGUGGUGACAGUGACGAUGGUCAACUUCUUCAUCUUCAUCAUCAUCAGCCGCCACGGCAGCCAGGACAAAAAUGGGCGCCACAAGGUCCUCAUUCCCUCCAAACCCUUCUGGACCAAACUGGCUCCCAGCUCGGCUUACUGGAACCGCCAGCAGCAGAUUCUGGACAUUAAGAAGAACCCCAUCCUGAUGACUAACUACAGCACCACAGACGUCAUGCCUGACUGGCUUAACGACACCAAUUUGACCUCUGACCCCUGCCGGCCUGACUUCAGGGUUACCACUCAGGUGAAAGACUACAACUCAUUACCAACCCGCUUUAAGGACUUCCUGCUUUACAUGCGCUGCCGAUCCUACCCGAUCAUGAUAGACCAGCCUGAUAUCUGUAAGGACCCACCGUUCCUGCUUCUGGCUGUUAAGUCACUCGCACCGCAUUUUGACCGCCGUCAGGCCAUCCGUCAGUCCUGGGGACGGGCGGGCGUUACAGCCAAUCAGACGGUGGUUACUAUCUUUCUUCUCGGCAACGCCACAGCGGGAGACCACCACCCUGAUCUGUCAGAGAUGCUUCACUAUGAGAGCAACCUCCACAAAGACAUCAUCCAGUGGGAUUACCGGGACUCAUUCUUCAACUUGACCGUCAAAGAAGUUCUGUUCCUGGAAUGGAUACAGACUCGCUGUCCCGGCGCUCGCUUCAUCUUCAAAGGUGACGACGACGUCUUUGUCAACACCUACCGCAUCCUGGACUUCCUCAAGAGCCUCUCGGUGCCCAAAGCCAGAGACCUGUUUGUGGGUGACGUGAUCACCAAUGCGGGUCCGCACCGAGACAAGAGGGUGAAAUACUUCAUCCCAGAGAGCAUGUACACGGGGUCGUACCCUCCAUACGCAGGAGGCGGCGGGUACCUUUAUUCUGGUGACAUCGCCACUCGUCUGCACAACGCGUCGCAACAUGUGGCGCUCUACCCGAUAGAUGACGUCUACACAGGUAUGUGUAUGAGGAAGAUUGGGCUGGCCCCUGAGAAACACAAAGGCUUCAGGACCUUUAACAUAGAGGAGAAAUACAGGUCGAACCCCUGCGCCUACAAGAGCUUAAUGCUCGUGCACCCGAGGACCCCGCAGGAGAUAAUCAAGAUCUGGGACUGGCUCAGUAGCCCCGACCUGAACUGCCAGUGACGACUCCACAGCAGCCAGUGUGGGACAGACUGAAAUGACCCUGGAAGUGAAGAAGUUUUCGGGUUGUUCCCAAAAGGUCAAAAUAAGAAAUAUUUAAUUUCGGACAGGGUCGUGACUUUAAAGUUGGCAGCUUUAAGUUAUUGCAAUGGUCACUUGGAGCCUCAUUUUGGUGCAACCGAUGCAUCGCACCCUUGAAGACAACAAGGAAGCGUGCAUCGUGAGGUCUGUUUUUCAGAAUGGCCACCGUAGUAUUAUGACUCAGUGUCAGACUUCCACAGACGAGCUAACCCUGCUUUACUGUCAAAUGAGCUUCACCCAAAGUGACCGUGUCUGUCUUUGCGUGCACAUAUUUAUAUCACGACUAUUUAUAUGGCCUUUAUAAUGCUUUAACACUGUGUGUCAGCUCCGUUACGGAGCGUCUCAAUGCUGUAUUAUAAAUAAGGAGAUUAAGGCCUGGGGUGUGUUCACCUGGGACUCUCUUUGUUGUUUGGUCAAGGGAAAAGACACUGUGUUGUCAGUUAUUUACAGUGAGGAAAGAAAUAUCAUGUUUUCAGCACUUUUGAGUGUCUAAAUAUAACUUAAAUCCUAAACUUCUCAGUAACAACCAGCGUUCCCACAGACGGCAGUUUAUUGCUGCUAACUCUAGAUGAGCUUCCUGGUGAACACAUCCUGGUAAUUGUUGCUGGAGGCUUAGUUUGUGCUGCUAUUCCCAUCUACACUCCUUAAAGUAUUUACUUGUGACUCGCUCCAACUUAAACUCAACCAGUUUCAAGACUUGGGGUAACUCCGUUUAUCAUUGUUUUUCUAAAAAAAAACCCAGAUGCUUACUAUAGUUUCUCUGUCCUGUAAUUUGUGCCGUCUGUCACGUUUUUUUAACUGGUAGAUUUCUCACAUUUGGACAAAACUUCUAAUCAUUGUAAAACUUUGAACUGGUGUGUUUGGUGGAGUGAACACACACUUUGCUUUCAGGAAACAGGAGGAAUAGGAGCCCGGCAGGUCUGGGCUAAGUUUGACAUAGAUGGAGAAAUCCAAAAUGCUGUCUAAUUUUGCUUCAGGUUCUUACACGUUAAAAAAAAAAAAAAGAAAGAAAAACUGCUCAUAUAAACCCCAAAGUGCAUUUUCAGAGAUAGACGUUAUUUCAGGCUGUUAGAGUAGAGCUUCUGUCUGAAAUACUCAUCAUAACUUUGCCUCACGAGUGUCUGCAGCCGUCGUGUCGAAGUGUUGAAUGACGUGAAAUGUUGCUUUAGUGUGAUAUCAGUGAGUCAAAGAUGCUUUAAAACGCAGGUUGAACACGGUGUCACGUCACGUCAAAGAUACCUUUUAGCUUCUGUUACUUGACAAACUGUCUCUGAAAAGAUAAUGUUACUAUAAGAUAAUGUCAUAAUGUUACAUAUCUGUUUUUGGAGGAGAGGAUUUCUUGUUAUCUUUAAUUUAUCCAGAAAUGGUGGAUUUCUUUAUUUAAAAAAGCUUAUUCAUUAAGAACUCGUAGCUCCAGUUAUAUUCAGGAAGUUGUCGUAGUUUCCUUCUUUUCAGAGCGUGUUCAUUAGAGAAAGGUGGAUAAAAAAUGGUGGAUAACUGGUUUUGGAAGAAGUCUUUUUUUAUUUUAUCUGAAGGUUACUGCUCAGCUCACUACUGUAUGGCUUUAGCACAAAAUAAUUGCUGUGACUUCUGUGUACUCACUUUAUGAAAGAAAUGCUGCACAUAUUUACUUUGCGUUCUUGUAAGAAAAUGUUUCCUUUUUCAACUGUAUGUGAGACUCAGUCAGACACUUACCAAGGUUGACGUUACACAUUUUUUUGUUUUUGUUUGUGUGUUUGGUUUUUUUGGAAAGCUCAGAGUUAAAUAACAAGGAGGGAGACGCUCGCCGUGUGUCUCUCGAAGCCUGACGGAAAAGCUCGGGGAAAGCGUAUUACAUGAAUGCAUGUCUUUACCCAGGUUUAGGGUUGGUCCGCUUUGAUCCAUUUCACUGAUUUUCAGCUCAAGAAGAAGUGGAUUUUCUUCAGUAUUCACACUCAGAAUAUCACCUGGACCUGGUCCAUGAAGUCAACACUGAAAACAAGUUGUAUGAAUGUUGGUUUUUUUUAAGUCAGACGUUUAGAUUGAACCCUGAACCUGGUUGUUACAUUACCACGCUCCUGUGCCUCUGUCAGAGCUCCCCCUGCUGGUCAGGGAGGUCAUCCUCAGUUUGUAAUACUCAGAGCUUUAUACAGACACUGGCAACUCCAUGACCCUAAAACAUCCAGUUUAUUUAUUCAUCUUUUAACCUUCCGUUCAUUAUCUCGGUCUUUGACUCCUCCACAUCAUCACUUAUGGAAACGUAUGUCUGCAUUUCACUGUUUGUGUGCCUGUAAAUGCUCUUCAUUGUUACUUUUUAGCCUACAUUGAUGUCAGAUACUUGAGGUUUGCCACACAGGGCGACGGAAAAAGUCUAGACAAUCGCAGCGAGGUUCAGAAAAGGUUAAUUCUGUACAUUUUUGUAGGAUUGCCAACUUACUAGAAGCCAUUUUAUUUGCUCUCUUGUGAUAGAAUCCGUCUAUCUCUAGAUAGGAUAAAACAAACACUAAAUAAAAAAAGGUAGAAUAGGAGCCAAUGACUGACUGGAGCUAAUUUCAUGCUUUAAAAAAAAAAAAUUCAUAAAUAUUUAAUUGGUCUCACUUCGGACGAUGUGUCCUCAACGUGCUCACUGUGUUUGUUGUGUUCACCCCUCACAUACUGAUAGUAGGUUACAUUCUUUCUUUGCUGCACGAGUUUGUGGCUACUUGAAAUGUUUACAUGUUUUAAAAGUCAUUGUCACGUUUUUUUUUUUUUAUAUAAUUGUUACUCCUGUCUGAUGAUUGGCUGUAGAGGUAUUUUCCAUGUUGCAGGCUGAUGAGCAGCUUUAUUCUUGCCGCGUAUGUUUGGAACUUAAACUUUCACCCGUUACUGCGCCUGAUUUUGUAAUUUCGCUUCACUGUUUUUUUUUUUUUUUUUUCCUUCUCCCUCGUUUCUAUUAGACGCACAUCGUAGCUGUGUGUGUUUGACAGUGUUUCUCUGGUCUCAGUUGCCAGUAAUGUGUCAUUUUUUCUGAUCUUCUGUAGCUGGUGUUGUUUUCAAUGGCACAACAGUGAGCCAGUGGAUAAAAAUAAACAACAUUACUAUUUAUUUAUUACUAUUUAUAUGUAUUGAAAUGCCACAGUAGCUCCGGGGUGAUGAAUUGGUCAGCAUGGUGUUGCAUAAAUUUCACGAGUUCCACCCAGAGCAAAAUAUUGAAAAAAAAAAAAAAGCCUAACUAGAGCAAGAAGGAGUUAUCAUGUGAUAAAUGCACGAGUGUUUGGGGCGAAUCCUGGUUCAAAAGUCCCUGAAAUUGCCCAACAAACAAUAUAAAAGCUUCCACUGUUUCAUCAUCAUGUGUCUUGUACAUUUUAUCAAUCAGGAUUUAGCUCAAAUAUCUGUCUUUUGUUACCCGAAGAUUAAAUCUUCAAACAAAUUCAUGAGCCAUCAACUCAAAUGUACAAGCUUUUGUUUUACUGUACAUCUCUGCAUUAAUUGCCUGUUAAACCGUAUUUCAGAAACCCGUCAUUAUCGUUAUACAACACCUGCACUAGUCAGAGAUGAUCACCAAAUCUGUGCCUGAUGUCUGUAUGUACUGUAUGUAAGAUUUUCCUUAAAACCAUGUUAAGCGUGAUCGCUUUUUUUAUUACCUAGAAUGACUUGAUUAUUUCAAUAAAGUUAUAUUUUGCUGUU